AUGUUUUUUUGCAGAUUUCUCAAGGAUUUUCCAUCGAAUCAAACACUUUAUUGCGAAAAGUUCUCAUCGGAUGCGGCGAGAUGGAAUUUGUAUCCGAAUUUGAACUAUUCGGCGUUGUAUUAUGCGAUUGUCAAUUUGUUGGAUGUUUUUCCGUUGAUAACUACACAACCACAAGGUUAGGGGGAACAUCUGGGCACUUUAAGUAUCGGAGAAGGUUUUGGAAUUCUGAAUUUUCAUGGUUCACAAUUCUGGGCUUGAUCCUCAAAAAUUACACCAAAAGUUCAGAAAGACUAUGAAUUUCCUGGUCCAAAAAAUUAUUUUUGAACAAGUCCGAAAAAAUUGGCCCAAAUUUGUAGGCUUUACCAGGCUCCGGAAAAACUGUACCUGUUUUUUUUAUAAUUUAAUUUAUUGUUAGACAUCACAAAAAUCACCCGAUUUUUUAACCCGAAAAAUUACGUUUCAAAAAAAAUUAAUAUCAUUUUCCAAAAUGAAAAAUAAUUAUUUCUCAAUAUUUUAUUCAAAAAAUAAAUAAAUUUUCCAGCAAUCGGCGAAGCGAUUCUUGACACAAUCAAAGCAUUGAUGAUAUUUCUCGAAAGAGAUUCGUUGGAACAACUCCCUCUUUUAUUAGCCAGUCAACUUGGUGUUUUUCCAAGGGAAUUAGAUAAGCAGGUAUGGAAGAAUGAGAUUUAGGAGGGUUUAAAAAAUGAUGGAUCACUUGUCUUAUUUUUUUCUGAAGUCAAAGAACCUCGGAGGAAAAACUAGAAGAUUAAAAAGAGAUACAAUUAAUUUCCAGAUCGUCCAUCUUCUUGCUGAUUGUGUCUUCCCAUUUGCAAUCACUAAUGAAACAUUUGUGAAAUCAAGUGUCCCUGGAGUUAUCAUGCUUGUUUUGCAACAAACCCAUGAUCCUAGCUUGCAUACGUGGAUUAUUGAAGCAGCGAUGAAUUGUUCACCGAAAGUAUAUCAAGAUUUGUUGCAAGUGAAUGCGAAAGGAACUUGUGAGAGUCGAGUGGCUGCGGCGAAUUUAUUGUUUCAUUAUUGGCCAUUUCCAAAUCCACAAAUUUUGCAUCGGAAAACUAUUCAGUAUCGGGUUCAUGCUUGGAGACCAGUUAUUUGUCAAUCAACUGGAUGUACAGAUAAAGCACCGAGGUUUGUGGGGGGAAUUGAAAAAAAGUAAACCUGGGCUUGAAGUUUCUAUGUGUGAAUUAGAUUCUAGAUAGAAGAGUUCUGGGGGUGGAUCCGAUUUUUUUUUUAGAAAAAAACUCGGGCCGAUUUUUUUUUUUGAAAAAACUCGGGCCGAUUUUUUUUGAAAAAACUCGGGCCGAUUUUUUUGAAAAAACUCGGGCCGAUUUUUUUUUUUGAAAAAACUUUUUUGAAAAACUCGGGUCGAUUUUUUUUAAAUCCAACAAAAAAACUCGGGCCGAUUUUUUUUUUGAAAAAACUCGGGCCGAUUUUUUUUUUGAAAAAACUCGGGCCGAUUUUUUUUGAAAAAUCUCGGGCCGAUUUUUUUUUGAAAAACCUCGGGCCGAUUUUUUUUUGAAAAACCUCGGGCCGAUUUUUUUUUUGAAAAAUCUCGGGCCGAUUUUUUUUUUUGAAAAAACUUGGGCCGAUUUUUUUUUAUGAAAAAACUCGGGCCGAUUUUUUUUUGAAAAAACUCGGGCCGAUUUUCUGGAGGAUGAAUCCUAUCGAAAAAACUUUCUCAAAAAUUCGAUCUACAAAAAUCAGAAUCUCAUUUAUUUUUAGUGAUCCACAUUUUUUGGAAUUCUAAAUCGAAGAACUCUAGCGAAGUUCUCUGAUUCAUAAUUUUGCUCUACCAAAUUCAAAAAAUUUUUUUCCAGCGUGAAAAGAUGUUAUGAUCCAGUAGUUUGUGCUGAUGUUGCUGACACAUCUCCCCCAAUUUUCCUCUGCAAAAAAUGUGCGGAGCAAGUAACCGGCGAGCGCAAAGUUGUAACUCAACAUUUCGCUCAACCGAUGCCCGCCUCAAAUGCCACGUGUCAACGACAAGAUUGUCAAUCACAAUCCCGUCUAGCUGUUACAAUUUGUGUUAGCCAUGAAUGCACUCGAACACAUAAUCAUGUUCCGUUGAGAUUGUGUUUGGAUUGUAGUGGACAGGUUCAUGGAGAAGAAUCGGAUCAUAUAACACAUUGGGGAACUGGAAUUGUUUGGGGAACUGAUGAUAUGUGGCCGACUGUUGAAUCAAUUGUGAAGUUAUUGAGGGAAACUACGAUGUUUGAAGGAUCAGAAGGUGAAGGGAAGAAGCCGAAAUGGUUGAGACAAUUGGAUGGAGGAACAUCGAUGGGGAAGGAAAUUGACAAGAUGGCGGAUGAAAGAAGAAUGUUGAGUCGAUUUGGUGUUUGGCUUAUGGCUGCACUUUGUCCGCCGAAUGAGACUGCUGAUCCGAGAGCUAUUGGAUAUAUUAUGCAAAAUGUUUUUGAGUGGUUUGCAACAACUGCACUUUUACCAAAUGAUUCGAUGGGUUCGGCGUUGGAACAAUUGAAAACUGAUGUGAGAUUUUUUUUGGGAAUUUUUUCGGUGGGGUUGAGGUUUACAGGAUUUGUGACAAUUUCAAAAGUGAUCCAGUUUUUCGGACUUUUUUUAAAAUUGGGUUCGGGGGGUUCUAGGUUUUUAAGAUGUCUAACAAUUUAAAAAAUAAUCCAAUUUUUCAGAUUUUUAAAAAUCGGAGGUCGAACUGAUCCAAUUAUUCUGAAUUACAGUAUCCUAAAAAAUUGUUCCAAAAAUUAGAUCAAAAUUUUUUGGAACCUAAAAAAGUGCCACGUGAACUCUUUUUUUUUCUUUUUUGAAAAUUUAAUUUUCGCGCCAAAAAAUUUUCAUUUUCAAUUUCAAAACCUUUGAGUUUCGCACUGAAAAUCUUCAAAUUUUUAGCAAUAUCUGCAAUUCCAGCAAAUCCGGGCCAGGCUUUCAGAGUGUGAAUCAGUUUUUAAUUUUAAUCCCGAAUUACUGUAGAUCAAAAUUUUUGGAACUUUUUUUGGCACACUUUUUCUUGAGUGAUAAUUUUCAGGCAGAAAUGCCAGAGGUACUGUAGACUCAUACAAUUUUGAAUAUUUUUUGGAACAAUUUUUAGCUGUACCUUGAGAUUAAAUUACUAUAGAUCAACAUUAAUAUUUUUCCAGUUUGUAUGCGACUGGAUAAAUGUAUCAAUCCGUGUCCACAACAACGUAUUCAUCUCCUCGCUCUGCGGAGAAUGUGAAGAACACGAUGGUCGCCCACACAUCGACAGAAUUAAAGAGGGACUCGGCAGACUGCUUGCACUUAUGCCCUAUGAUGUGAUUUCUCUUGAAACCUGGUGUAAAGUCAUGCCAAUUUGGCUGGAAUCAAUUGUCAAUGAUUGUACAGAAGACAAUCAACCUGAACUCAAAGUUUUGUUGUCAAAGAUAUUCGAGCCUGAUCUUUGUCCACUUCCAUUUGAAACUAUCGAUGUUUUUCAAUUCAUGACGAAUCGAAUGAUUGGAGAUGAUUAUAAUGAGAUGUUUAAUGCGCUACAGUGGUUACACGUAAGAUAUUAGUUAGAAAAUUUGUUGAUUGAGAAUCUGAUCUUGAUUUUCAGCAACUUUCCCGUUUGGAUAUCACAGUUCCUCUAAAUAUGGUUCUGGAUAACUUCACAAAAUGUCUCCUGAAGUGAGUUUUUCUGAUGAAGUUUAGAAAUUUUUCAAAAUUUCCGAAGCUCUCCAAAACAUGUUUUUUUUUUCAGAUUGCGAACCAUUGAAAUCCCUCCACUAUCUGAAAAUGAUUUGGAAGAAGAAGAAAUGUCAGUUCACGUAGUUCUAGUGGAUAUCCUAGUUCUGCAAAUGAGAUUGAAUGAUGUUGAAAGAUCGUGUUCCAACAGUGUUGUCGAUCGACUUUUUGAAUGUAUCCAGCUCUUGAUCUCAAUUCCAAUCAGAGCUUCUCCUCAUCAAUGUCAUGAUCCAGAAUUGGAUGGUUUUGCUGAUUGUUCUCGUAAGUUUGGGUUUUCAUUUAGAGAGUUCCACUGAUGUUUUGCAGCUUGUCAGCAAGCUGCAUUUGUCCAGCAGAUGGUCAUGAAUAUAACUCAAAAAGUGUGUCCUAAACGAGAAGUUGCGAUUAUCACAACCGUUGAUGAUGAUGUGAAUUAUGAUGAGCAAACGGAAAAUUCGCCAACUCUUGGUGGAAGUUCUAUGAUGUCACCGUUAACUGAAGGAGGUUCGAAAGGAACAACACCCGGGAUACAGUUACCAAAUCAACAACUGUUAGCUGGGCUGCAAACAAUGUGUGUUGCGCAAGCGAUUGAAGAUGAAUCCGAGGAAUGUGAAUUUGUGGGAAUCUUGCCGGCUGAAGAGAUGGAAGUUGCGAUGGCUGAAGCUGUUACUCAUGAUGCAGUGCUAGAAAGUGGAACUGUUGUGACUGCAACUACGGUGCAUCCGAGUAUCAAGGGACAGAUUAUUAAUACACCACUUACACCGCAACAGAAACAGAAUUGUGAUUUUUGGGUGACAUCUGUUGGAAGAUUCAGAUUUAGUUUUGAUAACCUUCCGGCGCAGUUGAAGAUGAUACAUUCAUUGCUCUCGGUGAGUUAAUAACGAAAAAAAUUCCUUUCAAAAAGAUUUUCCAGAGUCUUGACAGUGUUUUGGAACCGGAUGUUGAAUUCUUCUGUAUGACAUCUUUGAAAUACCUCUGUCUACAUUGCGAAGCUCUCAGCAACGCACGCCGUGAGCAUCGAGGCUUCCUCAUUUGGACACAAGAAAAUCAAAUGGUCCCCAAGUUAUGGGAACGUUUACGAUCAGAUUUUAUACAAGUUGGUGAGCUUGCCACGCAUCUAUUGUUGCAUGCAAUGACCCUGCCAUCUGGCGAGGAAAUGUUUUGGAAGAUGGUGCAUCGCGAUUUCACCUCGCCACAAUGGAAUGUGAGAUUUGACGCCGUUGGAAAAGCAUAUGUUAUUGCGCAAAUGAUGAAAGCUGCGCCGGUUAAAGCCAAUAAAGUUGUGCAAACUUGCCUAAGCUCGGUAUUCUAUCAUUUUAUAUCUUCCCUCCAUGAUCCAAAUCCAUCAGUUGCUCAAAGAGCAAUCAUUGCACUUCGCGCGAUGCCAAGUCACACUCUUAAACUAAUGUGUUUAUGCUUCGAAUCGCAAUUUGAUCAUUGUAUAGUGGAUCGUCCGUUGAUUAUUCAUGCGAUUACAAUGUUGGCGACACUUCUACCUGAUCAAACUACACUCACUUUUGAUUUUUUUAUUCAACGCUUUGAAACUUUGGUGUUAGAAAGUCAAUUGAGUAGUCAAUCCGAGGAUACGAUGUUUGUGCAAGGUUAGAGAUUUUCAUUUUCGGGGAAAAAAAUAAAACAUCUAAAUAGAAGUUCUUUAGAUCUUAUGCACACUGAUCCAAUGUCUGAACUCUAUCAAAGAAAAGUUUCCAAGGCUCGAACAUCAAUUGAAAAUGCGCAAACAGCUCGAUCAAUUGUUCGACACUUGAAAAGCUAUGAUGGAAUGAAACAUCAACUCGCCCAUCUUCCAUCUGAUCCAGGUAUGUUUUAUAAAAAAAUUUUUGCAGAUAUUUAUCAUUGAUGAAAAUUGUUAUUUAUUUGUUGUAUCUAACCCCCGUGUGUUAUAUUAUAAGUUUCAACUUACCUUCUGAUGAUUAUUAGGAUUUUUUUUUUCAAAAAAUCUAUGUACAGAAAACAAAAAAACUGAUUCUGAUUAUUUGUCGUGUAUCUAAUUUAUUCAUUUCCUCCUCUUCUAAUCUCCAUCAUAUUCCCCGCUUCUUUUGGGCUCUCGCCCAAAGCCUAAAACUCUAAAACCAACACUUUAGAUAUACAUUUAUCAACGCAUAAGAUUGCUCGCUGGCGACGUCGCGGUCGACUUUCCGAAGCCGCCAUUUCAGCGCGUGAUAAAAUAUUAAAAGUGGUCACGAUGGUUCGAGUCGUCAAUCGGUGGCGAGAGAUGGCGGCUGACGUGGCAUUUGGUGCAGCGUCACUCGUCUCAAUGAUGACGUCAUCGGGUGGUGUCGUCUCUUCGACACCCGGUUUGAUGUGUAUGUGUGCGUGCACCACUAUAAUAUUUUCAGCAUGCUCAUUUUUUUAACUUCUACAAUUUUUUUUCAUGUUAUGCUUUUUUGUUAUGAUAACACUUCUCUCUUUUUCAAAAUUUUUCUUUCUAUCCUAUAUAUUUUCUGCCCGCAUUUUUCUUUACAACACACCUUUGGCUUCUCCUCCUCUCUAACAUGUCCUCCUUUUCCAGCGAAUAACGAUGAUUUGCCAACCGUUUCGUCUCCACAAUCAACAGUUGCGGCCAACUAUGGGCAUGGUAAUAUUGAUUUUUCCCACCCCUCCAAGCUUUUUUUGGUGCAUGCUUCUCUAAACUUCUUUCAAUUUUAAAAUUUCAAAAAAAAAAUUUGGGUUCCCCUCCUUAGUUUGACCCCCCUAAUUUGGUUGAUUUUCAGUUUGACAUGAGCAAUCUGAAAAAUUUCCAAAAAACAUUGUGAUUUUCAGGAGGUUACGGUAGACUUCGCGAAUUUACCGAUGAGGAAAGUAACAUGUGCCUAUUGUUCAAUCGAGUUGUUGAUAUGGAAAAUCCGGAAAGACAUACUGUUUAUCUUGUUGUAUCACUUUUCGUGACGUUUUUAAGGUUAGAAUUAUUUUUUUUCAAAAAUAUAUAGAUAUUUAUGGUUUUUGUACCUAAUACUUAAAAUUUCAGCAAUAAAAACUCGACUCCGAAUGAUGAAAAAGCGAAUGUGAAAAAACAAUCGCUGGUUUUCCGACACUUUAAUACUCUACUGGGAUAUAGCAGCACUGAGAAAUGUUUCACGAUUCCUCCAGCGAGAUUAAGGUGAGUUGAAAAAAAAAGAAAACAACGACACUCCGCUCGUUCAAACAGUGUGUGUGAAAAUUAAACAAUAGGCAAGCGCGUUCCGCUAGCGGAGUGUCGUUGUUUUACUUUUAUUUUUUCUAUUUUUUGGCGGGUUUUCGGUGAUAAUUUUCGAAUUUCAAGAUAAUUAGGAGUAUUGUGGUGUUUUAAUCGAUUUUUGCUGAAAGAGAAUUUUCGGGGUUUUGAUUUUUUAAUGAAAAAAAUUGGAAAUGAUUCUCAGAACUGCCACGUUUCACGUUUUCACAUUUCAAUUUUCCAAUACAUUUUUUCCAGAAAAGCCGCAGUUUGCAAUGCUUUCGUCAGUGGUCUUCCUGAAAUUCUCGACAUGAAUCUUCACAUUGGAAAUCAACUCCUCCCAACCGUCGUCCAACUUCUCAUCCAUCUCCCAAGCCCUCAAAAACUGGCGUCCGAUCAAAAUGUGACAAAUUAUUCGCUCGCUCUUCUCACACAACACACACGACAUCUUUGGUUGCAAUCGCUGAUUCUGAUUUUGUAUAAAUAUCGAUUCGAUCAACUUCCGAUCAGUGAAAAUAUUGUGCGAUUAAUUGGAAUUGUUGUGAAAACAUUGCAGAGUUAGUUGAUCUUGUGCUUUUUUGGGUGGUUUUUAAAAUACCUGAAUUACUUUCAGAUCAAGUUCACGAAUGUUCAGAUGGAGAACCUUGCCAAGAUCUUGACACGUGGGAUAAUGUUGAAGAACCCAAUGAUAACUUGCCGGGUGAACUUAUUCGACCAGAAUCGCUAACAGUAACCGGAGAGGGAAUGGUGCAAGUUGGGGCAAUUCGAGUGAUGCAACCAACAAUUGUAGAACCUUCCAUUGAACCACGUAUUGAACGAAAGAAAAGUUCGGUGGCAAGCCAUAAAAAAUCAACAAGUUCCCCAACUUCGGAAUCUUCAAAGGGUUGUAAACUUCGAUGUGGACAUUGUAAUGAAGCGAUUGAAAUGUUUGAUGAAGAAACUGUAUCACUAUGUUUGAUCGCUUUGGAAACAUUUUUACACCGUGAACCUUCAAUGGCGGCACCGAUUUUAUUCAAGAUUUUAUACACCGUGACUCGAUUGAUUGAUGAGCCAAUGUAUCCGUGGCAUUCUACAGAGAUGUUUGUUCCAGCGAAUUCUCGAUCUGUUGCAAAACAAAUGCUGCGAGUUUCUCUACAUCAUUUAUCAACAUCUGCAAUUUGCCUUCAAUUAUUUGAUACAAAAAUUCCACGUGCAGAGUCAUUUUGGAGUGUUGUCGCUCUCUCAUUGGCUGAUUUCAAUGAAUUGUCUCCGGUAUACUUUAUUCAAUUAUUAAUGGAAGAUCUUGAAGAAAGUUGGCCAAGUUCACUUCGAUUAACAAUGAAGAAUCUGGCAUAUUAUACAGUUGAAAUACCAACUGAUAUGUAUAUUACACAUUGGACGAAUUUGGUGCAACAUUUGGAAACAUUCUUCAGAAGAUAUCAUACUGCAAUAUCAGCUGAUAAUGCGAAUCCACCAACUCGCGCGGAAAUCGAAAAUGUUGUGAUUGUAAUGAGUCAUGUUUUGAAAGUCCAGAACUUCUCAUCAUUCAAAAGCGCGGUUUCACUCGUUGAAUCAUUCGCAAAAUGGAUGUCUGAAGCUUUACAUGGUGGAGAGAUAUCACUUGAAUCACUUCUCACAAUCUGCACGGCUUGCAAUCGAGCACUCAUACGAGAGCGUGAUAAACAAUGUGUGACACGAGCUGUUGUUUCGGAAUUGAUGCAAGCGAUUAAGUUCAAGGCGAAAUUACAUGAAUCGAAUUAUGUUACGAUUGCGAAUAUGAUUUUGCAAGAUGCUGGGGAAGAUAUUGAAGUAUCGUUGUUGGAUGAUCAAUUCAAUACUGCGGCUUCAGAAGCUGUUAAACCAUUUUUAUUUGAACUUUUGGAUUUUAUUGCGGAUCUACAUGUCAUAGCCAAACUCAAGGUACGUGAUUUUCUUAGAAUAUAGCUUAUUACCACAAUUUUUUUUUCAGAAAGAAUCGAAUUCCGAUUCGCUUGGCGGUGAUCUAAAAGUCAAAUUAGCCGAAGCAAUUGCUGUUCAAAUGUCCCGCUCAAACGCCCGUGAUUGCCGAACAAUUAUCCAAUUCAUACCGUGGCUGAUGUCUCCUCCAUCGGUCACUCAAUCAGCUCCGGGUGCUUUUGCAGACAGUGUCACAAAUGUUCGAGUAUUAUCUUGGCUGCUACUUGGUGCACUUCACGCAAAUCAUUCUUGCCUGCCAGUUCCGAUUGAGUGUUCUCAACAUAUGGCUGAUUAUAUUCAUUUUGUUCUUGCUGGUUUUGCUGAUCAAUCGAAGGUUUGUAAAAGGGUACAGGAAAAUGAAAUUCAAAAAUAAAAAUCAGGAAAAAAUCUCGAGCUCGUAUAUUUCUGUUAAAUCGAGUCUUAGGCGGUUGGUAAAAAAAUUAACUUCAGGAAAACAAUUUCAAGGUGGAAUUUUUGUAGUUCAGGGGUUACAAAAUCUGAAUCUGAAUUUUUGAAUCGAGAACGACAAGAUCAGGGACUCCAAAAAUUGAGAAAAAUUUUUUGACGCGUCAGAAAUUCAUAGAGAACUUCUAUGAAUUCUAGCCUCAUAUCCAAUAUCUAAGAAAAAUGUCAGAAUCCUAUUCGAAUUUUAUCCGGACCAUUUAAAAAUGUGCUUCGGCUUUGAAAUCUUACCAGAAAAUCGGGUUUGGUCCGAAUUCUGCUAUUUAAUAAUGUGGUCGUCUUGGAACAAUUCAGAUGUCCUGAAGUUUUGGUCCAAUCCUUCCUGACCUUCAGAUCUGAUUCAAAAACUUCACAUUCAAAUUUCGAGCUGAAACUGAUGAAAAUGUAGUUCAGGGAUUAAAAAAUUUGAAUCUGAGUAUUUUUGAAUCGAGAACAACAAGAUCUGGGACACCAAAAAUUGAGAAAAAUUGUUUGUCUCAUCAUAAAUUCUUCAAAACCUCUGAGAAUCCGGUCCUGAUUUUUGGGAAAAUUGAGUCUCAGCAAGUCCAUCUCAAAACAGAUCUUCAGUACAGAAAUUAAACCUGCCCUUUUUUUGUGGUCCUAAAAAUUUCUUUUUAAAAAAUUUGAGGACUGGUGCAAUUUAGAAAUCCUAAAAUUUGGGUUCAAUAAUUUUUUUUUACCUUUUUUUGGAUCUCGUUUGAAAAUUUUGUUGUAAAUACCUUCCUCCCUGAUCCUCUUUCACCCAAAAAAGUUUCCAAUUUUCAGCAAUCAGUGGUUCACAUGUCUGCCCUCUUCCACGCUUUCCAUCUAUGCCAACUCUGGACGGUUUAUUGUGAACGAGCUGCGAUUUAUAGGUAGGCGUGUUUUCUCCCCCUCCACAUUUGUUUUUGUUUUUCCCCUAUAAUUUCUGAUAACUCUCACACACAAGCUUCCCAGUAUCCAUGACUACAAUCUUCAGUGCACUCUGAUUCUCUUUUUCUUUCUAGCUCAACAACUGCAUUUGCUCAUCUCAUCGAUUUUUGGGCACGUGUCACUCCUGCCAUACUACAACUUCUUAGUCAUUCGAAAGUGGUUAGUGAUGAGAAAAAAAGAAAAAAUUGAAAUUCUUGGAAGUUUGGUCUAGUCAAGUGGAAAAUGACGAAAAUGUUUCCAGCUCGCUGACAUGGUUAACCUACACUUCUUGAACACGAUUCAAGCACUUCAACAAGUCAAUUCAGCACUUCUUUGUCAAUUAUAUUCAAUGUGGGCGCCGAUUUUGACAGCAUAUCAUAGUCAGAUUCCAAAUCAACUUCGAAUGAAACUCGAUUCUUGUCAGAAUCAACCAUCUUUGGAAACACCGAUGGUUAAUGAGUGGUUGAAAAAAGUUCGAUAUAAGAUUUCACAAGUUGAACUUCAAACAUCAGCAGCUUCGCCGUUUUAUAAUGUUUGA